UUACAUUAGAGGGACACGGUGUCAGAGAUCAUUGUGACAAAUUUAAUCUGCUACAGAUUAUGUACUGAAAUACACAAUAUUCCAACACCCUAUCUGCUCACAAGAAUGGAGCAGGCAGACAGAUCGGACAGCUGGUAUAAUAUGUGGACACAUGAACCCAGAACAAAAACACAGCUGUUGGAUCUAAUUUUAAACCUAACAGUCUUGAUCGAGUGGCUUUAGGUCCUAAUUGACUGGCUACGGCUAAAUUAUUAGUGGGAACGGGGAGAAGGAAGUUUGAAGAUACUGGUGAAAAGCUUUUGAUAAAGGCAAGAUAUAUUUUCUCCAGUUAUGGUUCGUCCAUUUGUCACAGCAAGUACAGAGCCCGCAAAGUUCAAAAAGGAAGAUCAAAAAGGUCGAAGUGCAUUGCUAGCAGAUAUUCAGCAAGGGGCUCGCUUAAGGAAAGUUACCCAAAUCAACGACCGAAGUGCACCACACAUUGAAAAACCCAGAGGACCUAACAGAGAUGGAGGUGGCCCAGCAACCAGCAAAAGUGGUGCUCAGCCAUCAUUGGGGGGCUUGUUUGCAGGUGGCUUUCCCAUGCUGAAACCGGUUGGCCAAAGAGACAUGACGGCUAGCAAGGCUGGGCAGCUGCCUGGAGUACGAGUGCCUCCUCCAAAGUCUCCAGCCCCAUUGAACAGCAAUGCCAAAGCAAGCAGUCAUGUUUCAAGUCUGCCUGAUUGUCCAAGAGCAGCACACCCAUCGGAGCUAUCCAGUGGGCCACGAGCAGGACCAGCUCGGCCCUGCAUGCUUGCCCCUCCCCCACCUCCACCAGUUUCUAGCAAACCUUCCCUUGUUUUCCCACCUCCUCCACCUCUUCCCUCUCCUCUGGAAAAACCUGCAAAAGUGUCACCCCUGAAUUUGGUGGCUCCACCACCACCACCUCUUCCUCCUCCUCCUCCUCCUCAGAGUGACAAGCCUGCCAAGGUUCAAGCAACAGCUUUGUACCUGCCGCCUCCUCCCCUGCCCCUGGCACCACCUUGUGGAUUGCCAGUCAGAACAACUGACUUUACUAGUACUUCUCUCCUGCACCCUGAUUUGAGGGAUUAUCCACCUCCAACUCCUCCCCCGCCUCCACCACCACUGCCUCCUACUUCUUCACCCAGGGGAUCCUUGCCGCUGCCACCCUCCCCUACCUUUAACAGUGCUGUGAACAGCCAAGACAUUCCACCCGCACUGCCCCCCAAAUCUCCACACUUGCUCUUCCAAAAACCUGGUAUUCAGUCCGUGCCUCUUCCUCCUGCCCCACCCUUCUCUCAGCCAGCUUCAGCAGUGCAGAAAAAGAGACAAGGCAGAGGUGCAGUAAGCAACACUGGGAAGUUAAUUCCGCCUCCGCUGCCUCCAGCAAGAUCACCAUCAACUGAGCUUACGAACAAGUGUCCAUAUACCCAAGUUUCAUCAUGGCCAGCUGCACAUGAGCCCUAUCCACAGCACAGAAAUGGAAACAUGCACAUCAUUGAUGACUUUGAGUCUAAGUUUACUUUCCAUUCUGUGGAAGAAUUCCCCCCUCCUGAUGAAUUCAAGCCAUUUCAGAGAAUUUAUCCCAGCAAGGAACCUAGAGAUACCCCUAAAAAUCCUCCACUAAGAACACAUGUGAGAUGAGAAGAUCCCUCUAACAGACCUCUGGUGCAGCACUACACAGGAGGAGUGAAGAUAACAAGAUAAUGUAUGAAACAGAGGAGGUUUUGUUAAAUGAGUAGAGAUUGUAUUUUAACAAUCAAAUGAUGCAGUGUUGGACCUGAUUUGAUAUUUUUAAAACUGGAAAAGAAAUACUUUAAUUAUGUAUUCUCUGAACUAGCCUAGUCAUCAUAUGGCAAUAGAGGAGAGCGCUGGCACAGGCUUUUAAAUUAUUGUUGGAUACUUUACUUCAGGAAUUUUUAAAACCAAGCACCAUGAGAUUUAAAUUCUUUAGUAGUGUUCACUAUGUAAUUCUCAUUCAGAUCAUCAAGAGAUCAUCUCAAACAGUAUUCCAUGCAUUAAAUACACUCCGAUAUUUUUCUUUGUCACCUUUUAAAUAUUUUUAGUAUUCCCCCCAGAGAGCUCUAAUUAUAUUUACAGGAGUUUUCAAUUAAUUAUCUGAAAAUAAGAUACUAUAUAUUGUAUGGUUAUUGGCAUGACUCUGUAAUCUCAUUGUAAGUUACUUUGCUACCUGUUUCCUAUCUACCCACCACACUGCUGCAAAAUGGCCUCUCCUUCAUUACUGCCACAUACAGGUCCAUAAUUACAGGGAUUUAUUGGUCAAACAUAUCUAUAGGCAGGAGAAAGGUUCUGCGGACACCACUGCACACAGUAUGCUAUUCUAUCUCAGAUUUGCUAGUGGGUGUGCCCGUCAGAAGGGAAUGAGCUAGAACAUGACUGCCUGGGCUGGACUGCCUAACAGCAUUGCCAUCAGGGCCAGCUCCAGGCCCCAGCGUGGCAAGCGCGUGCUUGGGGCGGCAUGCUGCAGGGGGGUGCUCUGCUGGUUGCUGGGAGGGCGGCAGGUGGCUCCGGUGGACCUCCCGCAGGCAUGCCUGCGGAGGGUCCGCUGGUCCCACGGCUCCGCUGGAGCAUCUUCAGGCACGCCUGUGGGAGGUCCACCGGAGCCGCGGGACCAGGCGAGUGGCAGAGUGCCCCCCACGGUGUGCCGCCGUGCUUGGAGCAGCAAAAUGGCUAGAGCCGGCCCUGAUUGCCAUGCAUUGGCUUUUCCAAAGUGCUUCUCCUGAGAUCAGAAAGCAAAACUGGGAUGAAUGCAUUUGCCAAUAAGUAGCAAAGAAUCCUGUGGCACCUUAUAGACUAACAGACGUUUUGGAGCAUGAGCUUUCGUGGGUGAUUGGUGAGAAUGAACAAUACCAAUAACAUGCAUCUGACGAAGUGGGUAUUCACCCAUGAAAGCUCAUGCUCCAAAAUGUCUGUUAGUCUAUAAGGUGCCACAGGAUUCUUUGCUGCUUUUACAGAUCCAGACUAACAUGGCUACCCCUCUGAUACUUGCCAAUAAGUGUUAGUUUAAGGGCACAGCUGGACCAUCAUGUCUCUAAAAUGUGACCCUUUUGUACAGUACAGAUUUUCUCUUUAAAUAUUGCUGCUGCUAGCCAGGAACCCACCUGCCACUUGUUUGACAGGCUUUCUAGACAUUCAUCCUCUCUCUCCCCACCCCCACAUUACCCCCAACAUGCCCCUGUCCAGUUAGCUAAAGAAGCUUUUAAUAGCUAAAUACUAGAAAGAAGACAACUAGUAUUGUUCAUUCUCACCAAUCUCUUUUGAACGUCUCUGGAAACAAUUGCCAGAAGUCCUCCUUUAUUUAUAUGCUCCAUGCAGCUCUUUUCACCCAAAUACUAAAUGCGAGCCAUGAAGGGGUGCAGUCUGGAACUGCAGAUUGAUUCGCAAGAUACUGUACCUCAGUUUGCCACAGGCACCAAAAACUCUCCUCCCCCUUCUGCCAGUUGCCAUGGCUGACAGGAUACCUUAAUUACCUCACUGGAAAUCAGACUUUUCCUUGUAGGUGCACCCAUAGGUUGGCUUGUCUCUGAUUGGCUUAAAGUUAUACAAUUAAAAUGGUCAGGUUAAGGGUGCUUCUGUCAGUCUUUUAAUUCACAUGUGUUUCCUUUGGAGACUCUCAAUUUCAGGACCUUAGUCCUGAGUUUCCACAAAGUGGCCUUAAUCUCUUGUUUUUCAGGAGCCCAGGAGUAUGGGGGUGCCUGAAAUCAUUCCAGAGGUUCUGCACUCUGGCAGGCACCUUCUCAUUAAUCCUCCUCUUUCCAGGGGGGGCUGAACAGAACUGAUUCUGCAAGCAGUAGCCAGGAGGGGGAGCAGCAGGCUGUAGAUCGGAGGAGGAGGGAGGUAGGAAACUCUCCCCGGUUGGCUAGAAAAGGAUCAAGAUUCUGGCUUCCACUUCUCAGUACAGAGAACCUGGGCCCCUCCCUAGGUUAGCAGAGGUGGUAGUGAUCUCCAAUGGAGGAAACUCAGAUGUGGAACCAGAGCAGGGUAGAUUUUAGGAGAAUGGCUAGAUUUGAUGGUGGGGGCUGGGGAAAACUGAUGGGAGUUAUAACUAUUCAAAUAUGCAUAUGAAAUUAAAGCCUUAUUUGCAUAAACUCUGCAGCAUCUCAACUUGCAAAUAUAGCAGGUAUGUUAAAUCCAGUUUAGGACUGUAGUUCUGCCCUUUUGCUGUCUAUCUCUGGAUAGUGCCUUUCUCUGCAAAGUUAGCUAGUAGCCUUGUCACCACCACGUAAAUACUAAGGAAGGCAGAAGUGGUCAUGCUCUUGCAACUAGCUGGACUUUAAGGACAUCAGGUAAAUAAGAUCCCAGCAACUCAGCUGUGGACAGUUGGGGGUGGGGAAGUUCACAUGGCACCUGCCUGGUCAACAAAAAAGAAGGUAACUGUGUGUGGAAUCAUUCACGGAUGGAUAAGUGGGCUGCAGUUACCUAUAUAUGCUUAAUAUACUACCCCUGUGAAGGGUUUGGGAUCAGAUUCGUCAGUGAACUCUGGCAGUUUGAGAGCUACUUUGCAUUGGUGGAGCCGCAGACCACAGCAGUGAAUCUGGCCCUGAGUCUGAUUGGACAGAGGAGGUACAGAGGGAGGUUCUGGAGCCAUUGAAUUAUCUCCUGGAAGAAAAGCUUUUCCAGCUGUAGAAUGCAGCAGCACCAUAGGGCUUCUAAAACGUAACCCCCUCCUGGCUUUUUUUUCUUGCUUGUACUGAUCCCUUAAUAAAUAGUUUGCCUGUGUGUAUGACAUAUUGAAAAAUAAAUGCUGUCACCAGUAUUGUAAUUACAGUAAAAUGUAAUAAAGUCAAAUUUAGGUAGGCAUCAACAUGGGCAUUGCAACUUUUCUUACAGAAGGUCUAAUACGAGGCUAUUCAGGAACAGUAUUCUGCUACAGUAUUGUAGUCAUUGUGCAUUAAAAGCAAAUGUAGAGUAUGACCUCUUGCCUAUUCUCAUCUGUACUGGAACCUGUAAUACUGUGUAACAAAUAUUUUAUAAGGAUUUAAAAAAAUAUAUUUAUUAAAGUG